ACUUAAAAAAAAAAAAAAAAAAGAAAAGAAAAACCUCUCCUGGAUAGUUCAUGUGAAUAAUAUUUCUAGAGGGCAGAUUUUAUUAUACUUUGGCUUUGUGUGGGUAGUAUUAAGAAUUAUUAUUUAAAGUAGCAAGUGAUGUUGACUGCACCAAUUUGAAGGAUUUCUCAGCUUUAUUUUUUGCAAGUUUGUAGUUCUUCUAGGGGUUAUUAUUUAAGUAAAUAGGUUAGUGGCUUUCUUGGAGUAUGUGGAGAAACCUCAUUGCUACUAACCUAGAGAAUGACUUACAUGGGAUUAUUUUCUUUAAUAUUUUUAAGCAAACUUUAACAAUGCAUUCUAACAAGACUAAGUUUCCUCCAGAAAUAGAAUGACCAGGAAAUCUGAUUUAAAGCAGCAAAUGUGCCAUGCUAUAUAUAUUUUUGUGUUGUCACAUGCAAUUCGAAUCCAUUAGCUACCCGUCGCUGUCAGGAAAAAACCCUGCGCUAAACCCAUUUAUACACGGCACUGUGCAAAGCCCUGCAAACAAAGGUUUCCUAAUAUGAAAUGCCAGCAUUCGGGAAAAACAUUUUAAGUCUCGUGCUCUGUAGGAUUUAGUCUCCAGUUCUCUCAAGAAAUGAUUCACCUUAAUUGGAGUGAAUUGCUGCAAAAGUAAAUGAAUUGGAUAACUGUCACUGCUGGAGUGGUCACUUGAUAGAGGAGUAUUUAUUUGUAAACAGAGUUCACAAUUUCCCUUUCUGUCCUUAGUGUUCAUAGGGAUUCCAGGAUGACGUCAUUCUUGAUCUAGUAUACAUGUCAAUUUGCACCCGGGAUUCUCUUUCAAAAUAGACCUGUGCGAUGUGAUUCCAAUACAGUAGACAACUUUGAAGACACUAGCUGACGGCAGUCUCAUCCCCCCACCCCCCCAAAUAAGACCUCCAAAGACUCAAAGCCUCAGAAUGCUUCAGUUCCCUGGGGGAAAUGAGGAGAAUCUUGACGUUUCAGGAAGUGUCCGAAGGCCGGGAAUGUGGAAGGAGGUUUGUUUUGGGGACUACAUUUGUCACGCAUUUCAGGGAGAUUGUUGGGCUGAUCGAUCCCCUCUUCAUGAAGCUGCGGCCCAGGGGCGUUUACUGGCCCUUAAAACUCUAAUUGCACAAGGUGUCAACGUGAACCUUGUGACCAUUAACCGGGUCUCUUCGCUCCACGAGGCGUGCCUUGGAGGUCACGUAGCCUGCGCGAAAGCCUUAUUGGAAAAGGGCGCACACGUCAACGGAGUGACGGUGCACGGAGCCACGCCCCUAUUCAAUGCCUGCCGGAGCGGCAGUGCUGCGUGUGUCAACGUGCUGCUGGAGUUUGGAGCCAAGGCUCAGCCGGAAGUGCACUUGGCCUCACCCAUCCAUGAGGCAGUGAAGAGAGGUCAUAGAGAGUGCAUGGAGAUCCUGCUGGCAAAUAACGUUAACAUUGACCAAGAACUGCCUCAGCUUGGAACUCCCCUGUAUGUGGCCUGCACCUACCAGAGGGUAGACUGUGUGAAGAAACUUCUAGAAUUAGGAGCCAGUGUGGACCGCGGCCAACGUCUGGAUACUCCCCUGCACGCAGCAGCGAGGCGGUCCAGCGCGGAGGUCAUCCACCUGCUGGCCGACUACGGGGCCCCCCUAAAGUGCAGAAACGCAGAGGGCAAAAGCGCGCUGGAUCUGGCCACUCCCAACAGCAGCGUGGAGCAGGCACUCCUGCUCCGGGAGGGCCCACCGGCUCUUUCUCAGCUCUGCCGCCUGUGUGUCCGGAAGUGCUUGGGUCGAGCAUGUCAUCAAGCCAUCCGUGAACUCCAUCUGCCAGAGCUGCUGGAAAGAUUCCUGCUCUACCAGUAGUCCCAGCUGGCUGGGGGAAGAUACCUGGAAAUAAGCAAGUUGUUGCCUGCUGUAUCCAGGGUACCUAGUGUAGAUAGAUGCCCAACCACUAGACUCUGACUAUCUUUGGAUGAGCUAAGUCAGUUAGUGUAGGUCCCUGAUAGACCGAAACCCUUGAGGAGUGGAAACUCCCCAUUAACCAAGGGGCAACCAACACAGAGCCUUUUUGUUUUUAGCCCUUGUUGUUAAGAAACU